AUGGACCCCUCAGACCCUCUGCUCAGUGAGCUCUGCUCAAUAUGCCAUGUCAACCCCCCAAAAUACCGCUGUCCGCGCUGCUCAACACGCACCUGCUCCCUCCCCUGCACACGCCGCCAUAAACUCUGGUCCCAAUGCUCCGGUGUCCGCGAUCCAGCCGCAUACCUCAAGCGAAGCGAACUCGCCAGCGAAGCCGCGUUUGACCGGGACUUUAACUUUAUCACGGGUAUUGAGCGCUCGCUGGAGCGCGCGGAGAGAGAUGUGGAAAAUCGAGGGAUUGAGUUGGCGCGCGGACAGGCCGUGCCAGGCGAGGAGGGAACGGAUGAUGCCAGUGCUGGUGCCGCUUCUGGCGCCGGGCGUAAGAGGAAAUAUCCUACGCAGGGCCUGGUGAAGGGUGAAGCUGGGUUCUUGCGUGGUGCGGAGGCGGGUCGGGUGAAGGUUCUGAGGGCGCCGAGGGGGAUGUCGAGGAAUAAGCAGAAUACGUCGCGGUGGCAUCCUAAGCACAAGUGUCUCAGCUGGACGGUGGAAUGGAUAUCCGCGGCUGGGGAGAAGACUAUUCGCAAUGCAUUGGAGACAUACCCCAUCUCCGAGGCUUAUGACCGGGCUUUCCCAGUUCCCAGGGAAGACCGGCCGAGUACGGAUAAGAAAGAGAAAGAAGUCUCCCAGGAGAAUACCGCUACAGAGCAGGCAUCUACAACCACCGAGAAGCCCGAUGGCUCAAUGCCUACAGCAACAACUACACCCGCGGAACCCAAAGACCCAGAAACAAACCCAGAGACAACCGAAACUCCAACUGCACAAGCAGAGGGAACAGAACAAGAUCUCCCUCUGACACCACACCGCAACCUCUACUUCUACCUGCACCGCCCAAGAACAACGACCAAAAAACCAGUGCUUGCCCCCCUCCCACCCUCCGCAAAACUAGCAGCAGUACUACGUGACCGUACAGUCCUCGAAUUCCCUACAGUCUACGCGCUCCCAGAUUCCCCCGAGAAAAUGCUGGCGUCGAAGGAGACAUCUCCGUUUAUUCUGGAAGAGGAGUAUCUACGGACUGCUACGCCGGAGGAAGUAGGUGAUAAAUCUACCGAUGGGGAGCAGGAGGGGACGAUGGGAGAGGGGGGUGUGGAUUUGAAGGAUGUGGAUGAAGAGAAGGUUAUGGAGGUGUUGAAGCAGGAUUUGUUUGAGAGUGUGUGA